AUGACAAUAACAUUUAUUUCACAGAUUGGACUCAGAAAAUGUAACAAUAAUACGUAUGGGGCUGGCUGUAAAAAACAAUGUCACGACAGAAAUUGUGAAGGGUCGCAAUAUUGUAAUGCAAAAACAGGAGCAUGUAAAAACGGUUGUAAGCCAGGAUAUACAGGUCAGGACUGUACAACAGUGUGUCCUAUUGGUAGAUAUGGAAUUGGAUGUAGAAGGCUGUGUACUGAUAGAAAUUGUAAAUUAUCUCAGAAAUGUCACCAUGUAACAGGAAACUGUGAGGAAGGAUGUAGUCCUGGUUUUACUGGCAUUGAUUGUGUAAAAGAAUGUCGUCCAGGGUUUUAUGGACCUGACUGUACGUCUAACUGUUUAAACAGACACUGUACACUCCAGAAUGACUGUAAUAAUCGAGAUGGUGCGUGUAUCUGUAAAGAUGGUUACCAGGGAGUGGACUGUACAGUAAAGAAAUCUGUAAAUAUUGAUGGUUCAACUAAACCAGCGGAAAUUAAUCCAACCUGGAUCAUCGUGGGUACAGUUUUAGGCUUUGUUAUCGGUAUUUGUAUUGGUGUGUGUGGAGUAAUGCUAGUUUCUAGGCUAAGGUAA